UGGAAGCAAUGGGUGACAGAAAUGGAUCGAUUGUGGUUUGUGCACCACUUUGGACAAACCGCUUCUAUUCAUCCAAAGGGCAUGAAUAUGUCACUGGAAUUUGCUACGUCACAAACAUAUCGAAUUCUGAGAGGAGUGCUGAGAAGCUAAUGCCUCUUAAGAAAUACUCAGAUAUGUAUUACAAAAAGAAGCCCCACGACCCAGACUCUCUACGAAAUAUCUCGAAUUUUCAUGCUUUCGGACAAGCUGGCAUGUCUGUGCACUUUACCAAGGAAGGAGAUGAAAUAUUAAUAGGUGCUCCUGGAGUUAUGGAUUGGACAGGUACUGUUAUACGCUACAAGGAAAAUGACCACAAACUUACGAUUGUACCGAACCCUUUGAGAACUUUGGUGUUAAGGAGUUACUCGUAUCUAGGUUACUCGGUCUCAUCUGGAAAAUUCCUCGGUGAGAAGAAGAAGACUUAUUACGUGAGUGGCGCACCAAGAGCAGGGGCGAAGUACCAAGGAAAGGUGUAUAUCUUCGAUUACCACGUGGCGACCAAUAACAGUGAAGAGCACAGGAUGGAAAUUAUCCGUGAACUGGAAGGCGAAGGGAUGGGUGAGUAUUUUGGUGCUGCAUUGUGCGUCCUGGAUGUGAACGGAGACGGACUGGAUGACGUGAUAGUGGGGGCGCCACAUUACGGAGAGAAGAAGACAUGGGACCAAGGCCGGAUCUACGUUUAUAUCACGACAGGCAACCUGACAUUCAGCACUCAGACGAUAGUGGGCCCGCGGCGGUCCGGAGCCCAGUACGGCAGCGCUCUGUCCAGUUUGGGUGACGUCAAUAUGGACGGAUACAACGACUUCGUCGUUGGAGCACCCUAUGAAGAGUCAGGAACUGGUGUAAUAUAUAUUUAUCAUGGAGGACAAAGGGGUCCUAAAAGGGAAGUCUCACAGCGGAUCAUUGGCAGUGAGGUUCAUCCUCAGAUCCUGGGAUUCGGAAUUAGCUUCUCCAGAAACUUAGACAUUGACAGAAAUCAUUAUCCUGAUAUUGCAGUUGGCGCGUUUAAGUCAGGACACGCCGUAGUGCUGAAGACAUCUCCUGUUAUUACUUAUCAAGCAUCUAUUGCCCCAAACGUCUCUAGUAUUGGUUUCUACGCAACCAGCUUCAACAUCACGGCAUGUAUAACAUACAGCGGAAAGCACGUACCGUCUACUCUAGACACUCAAGUGAACUUGACACUCGACAAGGGCUUCAAGAGAGUCAGACCAAGAGAAAUCGAAUACGAACAAAGAGUUCAUAGGAAUAAGAAUGAAUGUAAAGAACACCGCGUUGAAAUCCUGCGAUUAAAUCAAGAUUUCUCCAAGCCUAUCGAGCUGAGGAUGCAAUAUGCUCCCGUAGACAGAUCACAAGGCAACGAAUUUUGCAAGGCAUGUGCAGUGGUAGAUCCCAGGAAGCCAACUUCUGUAACCUCGACGUUACCAUAUGUCACUGGCUGCAUUAGGGACGACAUGUGUACGCCCAACCUCAGCAUCACAGCGGAAUUCAUCAACCUGAAGCUUCCGCUGAUAAUCGGCUCGCAGUCCACUGUGACUCUCAGAGUGGUGGUGCAGAACAGCGAGGAGCCAGCCUUCUUGGCGUUUGCUGUCAUUUAUCUGCCAACUUCCUGCCCUCCGGUCCGAGUUCCGAAUGCAUGUAAGAUGUCCGACGGCGAGGACGAGACUGCACCAACUACACGGACUGCGCCUAAGAAAGAGCUGAGAUGUCUAGUGGCUAAUCCUCUACGUAAAGGAGUGAAGGAGACCGUGGAAUUGGAGUUGGAUAUGAAAAACGUGGAAAGCGGAACUGAGAAGCUGGUGUUCAACAUGAUUGCUACGAGUACGGGUACAGAACUGACAUCGCAAGACAACAUUAACAACCUGACGUUACCUCUGAAAACGAAAGCAGAUAUUCAACUAUCAGGGUACACAAAUGUAGAAAAAAGGUUUUACUCGAGUCGGAUGGAAUCGAAGGAAGAACGCAUGUAUUUCUCACACACAUACAAGAUGGAAAACUUCGGACCCAGUUCUUUGAACCUGGUAGACCUCGAAUUCAAAAUCCCUGUUUCAUACGGAUCAGUCAAAAAAUUAUUUCAAAUACAUGAUAUCCGAACAUGGAACGAUACUGGAGCUCUACAUUGCGAGAGAUCUGACAGGGUUUCUGGGAGAAUACGUAAACUCUCAAAUAGUUAUGUCAACAACUCUGAACCGGAAAACACUACCGAAGAGUUUGCCUCAACCAGUGACUACACUCCAGUGGAAUAUGAAAACAUCACAGAAAGCAGCAAUAGUUCGGAACCUGAGGACACGCCACAGGGAGUACAAUCCCUCAAUAUCGAAACUUACUCAGCAGUGCCGAAGCCAAAACCAACGAAGGGAAGAACUUUGUCUGUCAAUUGCCAGAAUCCAGAAGCGACUUGCGUCACUGUGCGAUGCAGUCUCAAGGGACCGAUCAGGAACAAGUCAAGGGCCAUCGUCGCUUUCAAUAUCUCUUCUAACUAUGAGGACUUAGAAUCUGCAAUGGGAAAAGAAGACAUUAUCCUUUUCUCUACAAUGGGCAAAGUGAACAUCAAGAGUCCAUCAAAUAUAGAGCAGAAAGAAGAAGACCAGCAUGACGCUUUCGUCACCACAAAAUUUCUCGGGCCUUUGAAGGAAGGCGCAUUGAAUUUUCUCAUAUUGGGCUGCAUCAUUGGAGUCGCUGGUCUAGUGCUCAUCAUCAUCAUUGUAAUCCUUUAUUUGUGUGGAUUUUUCAGGAAGAAGCGGCCAGAAGAACAAUAUAAAGCAAUGUUAGAAAAGAAAGAGGACUACUGAGGACUUCUUUCCGUCAUGGAGAAGACUUGACAUAACUGCAAAUAGUUCGUGGCAGUGGUACACUAACACAUUCAUCAUUUUCAGUUUGACAUUACCCAUCGGGCUAAUUUAUAUUUGAAACUAAAUUUUGGAGACCAUUCUGUCUACUUCCUCUGGUUAAAAGUCUACUUUGUUAGUCCAUGCGGUAGAGCUAGUUACGAUCUGCGAGCGACUGGCUGCGCUGUUUGGGUCCUACAGAAUAGGUUCUUUAAUUGACGACGUUUAAAAUAAAAAUUAGAACGAUGAAUAAUGUCUAGAAUAUUGACUAUAGAAACAUUUUUUUUUUCAUCUGACUGUUAACUGAUCGAAGACAUUUGUUUCUAAAACAGCUAUAUAGAAUUAUUCUUUCUUAUGGAGAAUGAUCUGGCCAUCAAGACCAGAAUCUAAGAUCAACACUGGCUGGAUCACCGUUUUUGGGUCUCCCAAAAAGUUUAUGCUUUUAGAAGUAUUUUAUAUUCCAUUCUUUCGACAUUGUGCCCCAAUGUCAUUUGAGUUUCUCCAGAUAUUUUCUCAAAUUAGUGCAUAUCAUGCGUGAGUUGUUAACGAAAUGGCAACAGUUAUAUCCCAGGCUGGAGCUGAAGUCCUGCUUGCGGUGACUGAGGAGUACUAUCGUCUGGAAUCUGAAGAUUUGUUGGCCGACAGAGGACCACUGGCGUUUCGGAGGAAUAUAUUAACUCAAUCUUCAGGGUGUAAGAUUUGCUAAGGGAGAAACAAGCCAUAAGUAAGAAAUAAGCUGAGUUAGAAUCUUGUUUAGCAUAUCUUUCACCCUGACGAUGGAAGCUGUGCAUUCUUUUCGAUAUGUUAGUGAACAUUCGAACUAAACAUCAUAAUAUCUGAGGAGAUAGUAACCUUCAUAAUUUACGUUGUACAUUCGUUAAUGUAUUGUAAUUUAGUUCAGUUAAAUUCACUUCGGUGAAUUAUUAUCUCUUGCAUUAAUGAAUAAUCUCCCAGUUAAGUCUCGAAUAAAAUACUGAUAUAUUAUUUAGUUCAGUUAACUUUGGAUUAUUGUAGUCCCUCACAUUACUGAGAGUGUUA